CCACGAUCAAACAAGUAACUGGUUACUCUUUCACAUUCUUUGCCUAUGUAGGCCGUACUGUUCAAAAGAUUAUGGAUAGAGUCCAUGAAUUCAAUUUAUGCGCCAAAUUCGACGACUUUCUUAGUUUCAUUUUCCAAAGAGAUGUGAAGAUGAGGAAAUAAUGGAGUUACAGAGAGCAAUCUGCAGUCCAGAACAAACAACAGAGUGAAGCAUUAAUGAGGUGCAGGGAUGGAGCUGGCACUUGGCAGGGGGAAAAGCACAAACCAUGAGGUUUAUUAAUGGCGGCCCCCAUCUGUGUACCGAAAAUGAACUGUUCCAUUAAAUUUCUUCCACCUCCUCCUUCUCCUUCUUCAUCAUCUUCUUCUUCUUCCUCUUCCUUCCUCUUCCCCCCAACUGUAAACGCCUUUCCUCCUUUUUCCAGUGCACAAUUUCCACGCUGUUCUGUUACUGCAAUUUUGUCACGAUUACUUCCUUCCAUUCCAUCCCCCAUUUUUGCAUGGCGAACAAGAAGCUCUCACCGCCAUUGCUUCCAGCUGUGAAUUCAGGUCGGUUGCCCAAUUAGGUCGGCAAUUUUGUUUGACUUUUCGUCCUCUUACGCGCCUUCGUGUUCAAUUUUUCUAUGUUGAUUCUUCACAUUCUUCGAUUAGCACUAGAAAAGCCAUAGCUUUGUAGUUAUGGUGGCUGAACAAACUCACAGGCGGACACUCCAAAGCUAAAAAGGAGAUUGGGAAAGAGAGAAAACCAUAAAACCCUACCGCCUUUCUCUGUCACUUACUGUAAAUCUCCAUUGGAAUUCCCCUUCCCAUCGUUUUCCCCACUUCGAUUUCUCAAAAGGGGGGAACCCGUACAAAGUUUCCGAUUCUGGGUUGUUUUCGUUUUUGAUUUCUGGAACAAACCCAAUUCGUGAUUGCGAUUGAAAGAAGAAGAAGAAAGGAAAUGGUGGGAAGCAUUGAAACGACGGGGAGUCCCGAUAAUAAUCAUCAUCAGCAGCAGAAUGGGAACUCACCAACUCACCAAUCAACCAACGGCGCCAAUUCCGGGCAGGAAGAGAAGCUCGACGAGCUGCGGCGUCUACUGGGCAAAGCCGACGGCGACCCUCUCCGUAUCGUCGGUGUCGGCGCCGGCGCCUGGGGGAGCGUCUUCGCCGCCCUUCUACAAGACAGCUACGGCCAGUUCCGCGACAAGAUCCAGAUCCGGAUAUGGCGUCGGGCGGGUCGGGCGGUGGACCGGUCCACGGCGGAGCACCUCUUCGAGGUCAUCAAUUCCCGGGAAGACGUGCUCCGGCGGCUGAUCCGGCGGUGCGCCUACCUCAAAUACGUCGAGGCCCGCCUCGGCGACCGGACCCUGUACGCCGACGAGAUCUUGAAAGAUGGGUUUUGCAUCAACAUGAUCGACACGCCGCUGUGCCCGAUGAAAGUGGUGACGAAUUUGCAGGAGGCGGUUUGGGACGCCGAUAUCGUGGUGAACGGAGUUCCGUCGACGGACACCAGAGAGGUUUUCGAAGAGAUCAGUGUGUAUUGGAAGGAGAGGAUUAGCAUGCCGAUUAUCAUCUCGCUGGCGAAAGGGAUUGAGGCGGCGCUUUCCCCUGUUCCUCAUAUCAUUACUCCUACACAGAUGAUCAAGCUUGCAACUGGAGUGCCAAUGGAGAACAUACUGUACCUCGGCGGACCAAACAUCGCAGCAGAGAUCUACAACAAGGAGUACGCGAAUGCUCGAAUCUGCGGAGCCGAGAAGUGGAGAAAACACAUCGCCAACUUCCUGCGGCAACCACAUUUCAUCGUGUGGGACAACAGCGACCUCAUUACUCACGAAGUCAUGGGUGGACUCAAGAACGUCUAUGCCAUUGGAGCAGGAAUGGUGGCUGCACUGACCAACGAGAGCGCUACGAGCAAGUCGGUGUACUUUGCGCAUUGUACUUCGGAGAUGAUCUUCAUCACUCAUUUGCUUGCUGAGGAGCCGGAGAAGCUUGCGGGGCCAUUGCUGGCUGAUACGUACGUGACGCUGCUGAAAGGCAGGAAUGCUUGGUACGGGCAGAUGUUGGCGAAAGGUGAGCUCAGCCGCGACAUGGGAGACAGCAUCAAGGGGAAAGGCAUGAUCCAGGGUGUGUCUGCAGUGGGGGCGUUCUACGAGCUGCUGAGCCAGCCGAGCCUGAGCAUGUUACACCCAGGUGUGAAGAAGCCAGUAGCACCGGUCGAAUUGUGUCCAAUCCUGAAAACGCUCUACACCAUCCUCAUUUCACGGGAGAGGUCUUGUGAAGCCAUUCUGCAGGCUCUGAGGGAUGAGACAUUGAACGAUCCAAGGGAGAGGAUUGAGAUUGCCCAAACUCAUGCUUUCUACAGGCCUUCUCUCCUUGGCCAGCCUUGAAUCAGAUCCUACCAGUCAAGUUCAUUUGGUUGGCAUUGUGUUUCUAAUUACUGAUAAUGAUGGAAAUUCAAUUUUAUUGUAAUAUAUAUUUAAUAUAUAUAGAAAAUAUGGACUUUGCAAUGAGGAUCAUCUAAAAUUAGUUUGAUCGAGACGUUAGGCUCUUUAUGAC